AUGGGGCCCAGCCCCAGCCUCAAUCUAGGAGCGGAUUCUGUGCCAGAUAUUACUGCAAAAAUUGCUGUGAAGGAAGACGGCACACUUAUCUCCACUAUCCGCGACCUCCGCCGGUUUUUUCUCCCUAUUCCACCGGCAAGCAUCUCCUCCGGCCGCCAAGGAGUCACCGAUGGGUUUAAUGACCAAAAUGCCCUCCCCCACCGCGGCGCAUGUGAGCGUGGCGAGAAACGCAACGAAGGAGACUGCGGCGAAGGCCGGGUGGUCCGGCUUCCAAAAAUUGCUCAGCCCCAUGAAAAUGAUCUGCAGCGGCAACGGCACCAGUACCGUGGCUGCCAGGGUGUAAAUGCGCGUCCUCAGCCCUUUGUUGAUCACCAAAGACAAAACCUUCCAGCACGAAAACAAAAACCAGAGCGAGUACGCAGCCCCAAACGAACCGAACAUGAUGGUGUUCAACAAAGGGUACGCGCAGGACACCAUGCUGAUCCCCAACUCGCUCUUGCUGACGACAUAGCUCCGCACGAAAAAGUCGGGCACGGGGAGGCGGAGCUUCUGAAAGGGGUUGAAGAACAAGAAGAUAACUUGGACCAGAGCCAUGGGGAGACAGGUGGCGAGGACGAAGGCAAUGGCCCAGAAGGCAUUGGGGGUCUUUUUCUCGAUGGAGACGUCGACGAGGAAGAGGAGGGUGACCAAGAAGGCGGGCUCGAAAAACCCCAGGGAGAGAGCCACAUGGAUUUUGCAGAAGUGGGGCUCCUCGAAGGGGGCGAGGGUGGAGAAGAAAGGGUAGAGGUAGGUGCGGCGGAGGGUGGGGAUACGGAGGAGCUCGUUGAGGGACCAGAAGAUGACGAAGAGGACGAGGAGGAAUCGGACGGUCCAGAGGGAGUUGAAGUGUUGGAGAUGGAGAGCGGUGCGGGACUUGAAGCAGAGGUGGAAGAUGAAGCAGAGGGAGAGGAGGGAGAGGAUGAUGAGGGCGGAGAUGAAGAGCAGGGUGGCAAGGUCUAA